AUGAAUUUGAGUACAUCUAAAAAGAAAAGGACGAAUGAGACCCUAGAAAGUGAAAUUGGUUCCACAAAUUCUCAUGAUAGGAGCAUUCAUCAAACCAUAAUGACAGAAUCUUUUAUUCAAAUGAUGAAAGGCGCUUGUGCCUAUGGUCAGGGUUUUGUUAUUCCUAGUCACUCUACUCUUUGUACCCAUUUGAUUCCUGAAGCUAAGGUAGAGAUCAUGGAAUAUGUGAGCAACAUAAAGUCAACAUGGUGUAUUGAAUGUAGUUCAAAUAGUAUUACUGCUGGAUAUCUUUUUAGAGAAAUAUCUGAUGUUAUUGAAAUGCUUGGACCACAACAUGUUGUGCAAUUUGUUUCAGAUAAUGGUGCUAACUAUAAUUGUUAUGGUGAUACGUUGAUUGGAAAAUGGUCUCACAUGUAUCAGACAAAUUGUGCUGCACAUGGGAUUAAUUUGCUUUUAAAGGAUAUCCAUAAGCAUAUUAGAUGGGUGAGGAAAAUUAUUGAUGAUGGUAAACAUGUAGUGGAUUAUAUGCACAGGCACACAACUGUUAUAGCCUUAAUGAGGGAAUUCACAAAUGACAAAGAGAUUAAGCCGCCUUGCAAGACAAGGUUUGCUACUAAUUUUUUAAUGCUCCAAUCUCUUAUUGUAGUUGAGAAUGAGUUAAGGCUAUUGGUUACAUCAUCUGAAUUGAGAGGCUUCCAUUGCAAUAGAGUUGAAAUAGCAUUAAAGACUGUCAGAAUAAUUCAAUCUAAUAUAUUCUGGGGCGAGGCAAAGGAGGUUAUUGCUUUUAUGGAUCCUCUCAUUAGGAUUCUUCGCCUUGUUGAUUCAGAUGGUACCACUGCAUGUUACUUGUAUGAAGCAACUGUUAGGGCAAAAGAAAAAUUAAGGAAGUUAAAGGAGAGUGAUGGAGUAAAGAACUUUACCAUAUUGGAUUUUUUGAUACAAGGGUGGAAAAGAAUAUAA